CCUGUGAUAUUUCUAUUGGCCCUUAAGUAUCAUGUCUUCCCUGAAAACUGGGUUAACUUCUAUCGUCCUUUGUGGUUUCUCUCCAGCGUUUUGAACUCACUUUACUCAUUCUUUUGGGAUCUGAAUAGAGGCUGGGACCUCAGUUGCUUUACUCAAAAUUUUCAAGUUCCACAAGCCUCAUUUCUCAUCAAAUAUGUUAUAUGGAUGGAAGUGGACCAAGCCGCGAUUCUAUUUGCGAUGAAGACCUGCGAUGAAGAUUGCAGACCAAGCCACGAUUCUAUUUGCGAUGAAGAUGCCCAAGCCGCACUCCGUCCACGACCUCUACUGUAAUAGCCAAGACGGGUCUGCACAGAGUACUCACCGGAGGACAGAUUUUUGUUGGAGAAUGAUGGCAACGUACUAGCUAAGGGGUGGCGUCGGUGACAUACCUGAUGGAUGGUGGCAGAGGCGCCAAUGGUGGAGUCGUCGACUUCAAACCUGCGCACAUUGCACACCUGCGCAGCAUAAGGGAAGGGGAAACAUACGCACACUGCACCUGCGUAAUUCUUUCAUUAAGGGUAUUUUAGUCAGUUUAGUUUAGUUUUUAUUAGUCAUAUUUUUAUCUAAUAAAACAUUGUGGUGCUGUUUUUGCAAUUAUACCUUCUUGUAGUCUUAUUUAGGGAAUUCUCUGUUUUAGUUUUCAAUUAACCGGAUUCCCGAGGAGCAUAGUCGGAACACUGAGCAUACUGAACCAGCACAAAGAUUUCUUUUUGAAAAAAUAUUUACACAAAAUUUAUUACGCUAAUAAAUAAAGAGUGUUUCUAUUAACAAACUCCAAUUUGCUAUCUACAAUCACCCAGUUAAAUAAAUUGAUUAGUUUUUAAGAUUGUUCUUUCUGUGCGUCGGAGAAAAAAUGGGUUGUAAAUUCUUCACCACCAUGGUCGGAGAUUAGAAUGGAUUGUUCUCGAUCACCUCAGCUUCUUCCUCAGCCCAUUGGUCACGGAUUCACGUCCAGCCACAACUGCCGAUUCAUCGCAUUGGACCAGUCCAUCUCCUCCCGCCCUGAUUUGAUCCCUGGCGUUUUUCGGGGCUGCUAAUAUGUCUACGUUUAUCCGGUACCACAAGGAUUAGAGAGCUUCCGGCUUGGGCUGCCCUUUGAUCUCUUCAUUAGAUUCUCGUAACCUGACCAGGAUUUCAGAGAUUGAAUUCAUCUAUGUUUUCACAAUCUAUCUCUGCUUCAUAAGAAGGCGGAGAGGUUCUGGUCCAUCUUCUUUGGAUGUUUGCAGUUUUAAGAGUUUGAUAGCUUAGAGAGACGAGACGAAAACUUGCAAAAUGCAUAUCCUUUUCUCAAACUAAAUCAAAAGGCUGAAAUGGGAACUCAAUAUAUUUUUGUUUAAUUGAAGUUUGAACUUGGACUGUGGAUAGCAAAAAGUGACUUUAUAUAGAAUCAUUAAACCAUUUAUUAAACUCUUAAAACUGCAAUCCAUUGUAGGAUCCUAAAGGUGAUGAUGAAGAAUUUGAACCAGACCAUGAACGUAGAGGAUUGAGUUCUUCGGAAACGGAUUUAAGCCAAAAGUGAGGCUCUGAUUGCGUGGAUGCCACGUAUGAAUGGUUUCCAAACUCUGGAAGAAUUUGAUUGAGGAGGUUAACUCAAAGGACGCUCUACAUUAUCCAUAUCCCAUAUCCGUACGAAGUCAUGAUUGUCUUUGUCCAUAGAUGAAAUUUAAUUUGGAAAGCCCAUAAUGGUGCAUCUUCUAUUAGAGUCCGGCUUCGUGUACUCGCCGGAUUACACGUCGGUCAAAUUGUUUGUAUACAGACAAUUUGACAAUUUGAUCGGCUAAACAGACAAUUUGAUC